UCCCAACGUGCGCGUUCGUGAUCCCGAUCCUCCACCGACAGGAACAAGAGGCCGAUGACACCGGAAAAAAGCCGCAAUACAGUCGCUCGGGACCCGGAAGUAAGGCGGACUGAGGCUCCUGAGAAGUUCAAUUUUAUUGGUGAUAAGGCCGACAUCUCUACGGCUGAUAACUCCAAUACUACACAACUUGCACCAGAACCAUCUAGAUUCAUAAAUAGCCUACAGGUGAAGAUGGGUGCUUUGUCCAGCGCUCUUAAGGGCCUGUUUGGCAAGAAAGAAAUGAGGAUCCUGAUGGUCGGACUUGAUGCUGCUGGAAAGACCACCAUCCUGUACAAGCUCAAACUGGGAGAAAUUGUUACCACGAUCCCGACCAUCGGAUUCAACGUGGAGACGGUAACCUACAAGAACAUCAGUUUUACGGUGUGGGAUGUUGGUGGUCAGGACAAGAUCAGGCCCCUCUGGAGGCAUUACUUUCAAAACACAGAAGGCAUUAUCUUUGUGGUGGACAGUAACGACCGGGAGCGGGUCGGAGAGGCCAAAGAGGAGCUGAUGCGAAUGCUGGCUGAGGACGAGCUGAAUCAGGCUGCGCUGCUCGUGUUGGCCAACAAACAGGACCUGCCCAACGCCAUGGAUGCAGCCGAGGUCACAGACAAGCUGGGCCUACAAACCCUGCGUAAGCGCGACUGGUACAUCCAGGCCACGUGCGCCACCGGAGGAGACGGUCUGUACGAGGGCCUCGAUUGGCUCUCCUCCAAGCUCAAAAAAGGAAAAUGAUGUUCCUGCCACCUCUGUGUGCAGUGUGACGGCGGACUGUACCGGCCCGGGUCUCAUUCUCUCCUUUGCUCUCUUUCCCCUGAAGCCUCGGACCUCUUGGCCGGUGCUCCCCAGCAUCUGUGCUCUGUAGGGGAGUUUUUUUUUAACUCUCAUGCACCUCAUUCCUCCCAUGUGGGCUCAUCCAAAAGCGCUGGUCUCCACAAAGGAACGUCCUGUGUAGUUCAGUUUUUACACCUGCUGGAGACCAGAUCAGUUCACAUUCUCUAAAAUGAGGCUUUUUGUCGCACUAAAGUUUGGGCACUUGCACUGGCUACUUUAUACUUUUAUACCUUUCCCCAUUUAUUCAAUUAUUUCUGCAGCUUUUUAAUUAAGUUCAAGUUCUGCCUCUUCUAAAAACCGGAUACUUUUCUCAAGGUGGCUUUGUCUCAAAGGUCCACUAAGCCUGGUGUGGAGCAGGCGAUAGAAUGUGCAUGUUUACAUGAAGGGAGGUGUGCAGAGGUGUGUCGUCGUGGUGCUGUGAGGGUUUCAGCUUUGUUUUUUAUUUACUGGUUGUCUGAUUUUCUAGGAAAUGUAGUUUUUUGGUUCUGAUUUCCUUGUGUUUUUAUAUGUUACUGCUGAUCUCGGCGCCUGGUUUACGUUGCCGCGAGGUCGCAGACUCCAGUGUUUUCUAAAAGACGCGCUUGUUGUUCCCCACGUUGUGGUGAGCGUUCUGUAUGAAUCAGCACUGUAAAUGCUUCAAUGUGUUUCGCUCGCUGUAGAGUUAUUUAUAUUAUGCCCCCCCCCAUGCUGUUUGCACAAUCUCGUCAACUUGCACAACGCGACGGGCAGAUGUCGUCCAUCUUCCCUUGUUAAGCUCAUUGUUUAGCAUCUUUCAUGUCUUUUCAUUAGAAUAGGGAAUAAUUCAUUCACAGAUUCAGAAUGCCUCACAGAUAAUCCUUUAAAGUCUUCUAUACCUCGCCAAAGUAAAGUACACAUAAAAAAAACGAUGGCAAUGAAUUUGGGGGUCAAUAGAUUUUGAAUUUAGGUACUUGGUCACAGUGCAGAUAUACCAUAGCGCCGAUUAUUAUAACCGUGGAGUGGAAUAUCAAAUAUUUGUAAUAUUUUAAACCGUAUAACAUUUGUGGGUGUGGUUUCAAAUGUCUUAUUGUUGUUUGUUUCCAACAUUAUCAAAGAUGUGAUAGAUGCCCUCUUUUCCUGCUCAGUGAAACUGCUAAAACAUCACAAAGGAUGCGAACCGACAUCCGACCUCAGGGGCUAUUUCAUCGGCCCGUGUGAUGCAGGUUCACAAAAACGUGUUUCCAAUAAGACCUCUGUUUUGCUUUAGUUCUGAUCUCCUUGCAAUUGAUUAAUAAAUCAAUAAAUCCACUCA